AUGGUUGGCCUACUACUUUCGUCGUCUGAUGACGUAAACCCCAACGACAAUGGACUAUUCCAUACGAAUAAAGGAAAGCCGCGACUGAGUGAUCCUGAACAGAAAGUAUUGGGGAGAGAGCAGUUGCCCUUACGUGAUCUUCAAUAUCUUCAAUCACGAGCAGACAAAUCGAUCGAGCAUGAUAUUGAGGACAUUGAAUGGCCUCAAGAUGUCAAGUUCGAUCAAGUGGUUGAAUCUGCGUGGGCAAUACUUCUGUCUUGGUAUGGGGAGGCAACUGAUACUGUCUUCGAUGUUGCAUUGCCAGUAUCAAGAAUCGAACAACAACUUUCUGGACCCACAACCGUAACCGUUCGUGUUGCGAUUGAAGCAGACAUGACUCUAAGUGCAUUACAACACCAAACGAGGUUACCAAAACUGGCGGGAUCACCGACCACUCAAGGCAUUGGCGAGGAGGCUGACCUGGGCUGGCAAUCUCAAUCAUUGCUAAUGGUACAAUCCACCGUUGAGGCAGAUGAGGCACCGAUCUUCGACGAAGGAAUAGAGUCGAACACAUACGCCGUCACUUUAUACUGCGACGUAAGAGAUACUUCUGUAUUCGUGAACAUGGCCUUCGAUUCGACAGUGCUCGGCGAACAGGUCGCAUUACGGGUCGUGGACCACUUCGGUCACAUAUUGCGUCAGGUCUGCCGUGCUGACAUUGCCCGUACGAAAAUCAGUGAUCUAGACGCGAUGACUGCAGAAGACCUACGCCAAGUCUGGACGUGGAACGCGAAGGUACCAGAAGAGGCAAACGGCUGCGUUCAUGAUUUAUUUUCACAGAGCGUUUCUCGAUAUCCACACAAUACCGCCAUCAGUGCCUGGGAUGGCGAGUUGACCUACGCUCAGUGGGACAAGCUCUCAACCCAACUGGCACAUCGCCUCAUCCACAAGGGGGUUCGUCCUGGAGAUGUGCUCCCAUUGGUUUUUGAAAAGUCCAUGUGGGUGCCAGUUUCUCAAUUUGCUGUCAUGAAGGCAGGUGCCGCGUCUGUGGUGAUCGAUCCUUCGCAGACCAAGGAACGCAUCAAGACGAUGAUCGAUAUUGUAGGGCCUGGCCUUAUCCUAUGUGCUCCUUCAACAGCUCCUCUAGUUUCUCUCAUUACGGAAAGAGAACCAUUCGUGGUGCAGCAAGAGACUGUAUCAGAGUUGCUGGAGAAAAGACAAAAUGGAGGCCUUGGGACAACAUUGCCCAUCGUCAAGCCGAGCGACCUGCUCUAUGUCGUGUUCACUUCCGGCACCACAGGUAACCCAAAAGGUGCGGCAAUAACACAUGCGAACUUCACAUCGGCAAUCAAGCAUCAGAACAAGUACUUGAAUUUCAAACCGACAGCAAGAGUUGCAGGUUUCUGCUCGUACGCCUUUGAUGUAUCAUGGUCCGAUUUCAUCCACACACUCGCGGCGGGAGCUUGCCUAUGCAUACCAUCAGAGCACGACAGAAAGCAUGACUUCAUUGGAUACAUGAUCAAGAAUGAGGUGACCUUUGUACACCUUACACCCUCGGUCGCCGCGAUUCUGGACUUGGACAAAGUGCCAACACUUGACACGGUUGCCCUUAUCGGAGAGGUCGUAGACUUCGAUAAGUUGCCACAGCUUCGAAACAUUGAAACCACGAUCAUCACAUACGGGCCGGCCGAGUGUACCGUGACUACAACAGGAGUCAUCAAUAAGGGUGGCACUACUAAGGCUACCAUUGGAUGGGCGCUUGGAUCAACCACCUGGAUCGCUGACCCAAACAAAGAUGCCCUUACUCCCGUCGGGUUGGUCGGAGAGUUGCUUCUAGAAGGGCCAUUGGUUGGAGCUGGAUAUCUGAAUAAUCCCGAGAAGACAGCAGCUGCCUUCAUUGAGGAUCCAAUUUGGUUACUACGAGGUGGUGCACGAGUGGAAGGCCGUCGUGGACGUCUUUAUCGAACAGGAGACCUGGUACGCUACACUCCGGAUGGUGAACUGAUCUACCUCGGGAGAAAAGAUACCCAGGUCAAGAUUCAUGGACAGCGCACGGAGUUAGGCGACGUUGAGCAUCAUAUCUGUCGAGUUCUGAAUUCGAUGCCGGCUGUGGCUGAUAUUGUCGCCGAAGUUGUCACGCCAAAAGUUACCCAACGUCCGAUGUUGGUAGCCUUUUUACUCAUGCCCACAACAAACCCUGAACAAUUGGGUAAAAAGGUUGCCCUGAUUAUCGAAAUGCUGGAAAGACAAAUGCCCCACCAGGUGCCACCUCACAUGAUCCCAAGUGCAUAUAUUCCAAUGACCGACCUGCCAAGGGGGUUAACAGGAAAGACAGACCGGAGAGCACUUCGUGAAAUGGGUGCUAAAUUGGACCGCAAAGCUCUUGCAUCUUUGUACGAUGCCAAUCCUGCACAGCACAUCGAACCCACUACCGAAGCUGAGAUACAGCUCAGGGAUCUUUGGGCGUCCGUACUUAAUAUUCCAGCGAGCGACAUUGGGACACAAGACAACUUCUUGCGCCUUGGUGGUGAUUCGAUUGCCGCCAUACGGCUAGCAACUGAUCUCGGACGAAAGGGGAUGUGGUUGACGGUCCCCGAUAUUUACAGUCAGCCACAGCUCAGUGAGAUGGCCAAGCUCAUGUCUCGAGGCCAGGCAGUAGCCCCGGAAUCUGUUCAACCAUUUUCCUUAUUGAAGGCCGAGAUGGACAGGGAUGACACUUGUCGCCAAGUAGCAGAGCUUUGCUCCGUCGGCGCUUGGCAUGUGGAGCCUUCACAGAUCGAGGAUAUAUUCCCGUGCACAGCGCUUCAGGAGGGCCUUUUGGCCAUGACGGCGAGGAGCCCGGGCAAAUACGUGGGCCACCAGAUUACCGAGCUGAAGCCAGAGGUUGACAUAAUAAGGCUCCAGCGGGCAUGGCAAAACGUCUCUGAAAAAGCUUCUAUACUUCGAACCCGCAUUGUAGACCUGCCGGGCCAGGGCCUAGUACAGGUUGUCCUUAAAGAGGAAUUGCAAUGGCAGACCUUCUCCUCUUUGAAUGAAUAUCAUCAGAGCAGAAAGAACACCGACAAAGAAUCGCAGGAAGAUGUUGUCGAAACUACUGCGAUGGGCCUGGGCACCCCCUUAUCACGUUUCGCAAUCGUACAUGACGAAGCGGCAGGCAAGAAAUACUUAGCGUUGACACAUCAUCAUGCGACGUACGACGGCUGGUCCGUCCCACUUUUGCAAAAAGAGGUGGAAAAGGCGUAUGCGGAUGGGGAAGCAGGACUAUCCUCACUUCCGCUGCAAAGCUUUGUGAACUAUGUCAUGAAACAACAUGGCGAAGAGGGGACCACUUUCUGGAAGCGACAAUUUGCUGGCGUAGAAGCAUUGCCGUUUCCUGCCCUCCCCGCCAAGACGUACGAGCCAAAGCCAGAUAAGGUCAUCCACCACUCGACCGAUAGCAUUCGCUGGGCCACUUGCGGUGUCACGCCCUCUUCCAUGCUUCGUACAGCUUGGGCAACACUCAUAUCAUGGUACGUGGAUUCUCCAGAUGUAACAUUUGGAGCUGUUGUGUCGGGCCGUCAAGCUCCCGUGCCAGGAAUCGAGGACGUGGCAGGCCCUACCAUCGCCACUGUCCCACUCCGAAUCCUGGUCCGCGGAACCGUCGACGAACUGUUGCAUCAGGUACAAGGACAGGCGAUGGAGAUGAUCCCAUUCGAGCAGUACGGUCUGCAGCACAUUCGUCAAAUCAGCCAGGAGGCGAAAUACGCCUGUGACUUCCAGACACUUUUGUUGGUCCAUCCAUCAGUCGAAGGAGGGACAGUCGAGAGCCUGGUUCUUGAGGAAGGUCUUAAUGACGAAGAAACAGGAUCUGGCUCAGAAAACACAUAUGCCAUGAUGCUUACCUGCCAAACAUCGGAGUCAAAGUUGGAUAUGCAACUGAGCUUCGACUCGACCGUUGUCCAGGAAGAAGCUGCAGUACGACUCCUUCAGCAGCUAGAGCAUAUAUUGGGUCAAAUGACCUCUGUUGAUGGCUCGACAAACAUAGACAAUCUCAACAGACUCAGCGAGCGUGACCUGCAUGACAUAUGGAAAUGGAACGCAGUAGUGCCGGAGAGCGUUGAGGACUGUGUCCACAAUGUGUUUGCCCAGAGGGUCGCCGAAACUCCCGAAGCACCCGCCGUGUGCGCAUGGGAUGGUGAGCUGACAUAUCUCCAACUUGAUCAAUUUUCCACGUUGCUGGCGGGCCGCCUCAUCAGCUUGGGGCUCGGAGUUGGACCAGGUGCUAUUGUGCCACUGUGUUUUGAAAAGUCAGUAUGGGUGCCAGUUGCAAUAUUUGCAGUCAUGAAAGCCGGCGCUGCGUCUGUUGCUUUGGACACAACAUUGCCUCGCUCCCGGCUGGAGAGUAUUGUCAGCCAACUAUCAGCCAAGGUGAUGCUGACCUCGAAGUCUUGUGCAAAGCUUGCGGCCGAUAUCACCGAUGCCCCAACAAUGGAAGUGGGAGGUGAUUGGAGAAAUGUCGAGCAGGUAUUUCAACAGAUUCCCAUUCCAAGAAUGCCGACAGUUAGCCCAUCAUCGCCCCUUUAUAUCGUCUUUACCUCCGGAAGCACAGGCGCUCCGAAGGGGGCGACCGUCACGCAUGGCAAUUUCUGCAGCGCCAUCCGACAUCAACAACCAGACCUCGGGUUCGAAAGGUCAUCGAGAGUUUUCGAUUAUACCUCAUAUGCCUUCGACGUUGCAUGGUCCAAUGUGCUGCACACACUAACCGUGGGUGCGUGUCUCUGCAUUCCCUCGGAGGACGAACGUACCGCCGACAUCAACGGCUCCAUCAACCGGCUGCAGGCAAAUUUCAUCCAUCUUACACCAACCGUUGGGCGCUUGCUCGAUCCUACAGCCUUGAACGGUCUCACAAAAGUUUUGUUCAUUGGAGAGGCGCUCAAGGCUAGUGAUGUCGCCAAAUGGGAGGCUUCUGGUGCCAAAAUCUACAAUACAUACGGCCCUGCUGAAUGCACCGUCACGAGCACAGUUGAGAGAGUCCGAAAGGGAGAGCCUGAUAUUAGAGUCGGUGACCCCGGGAUCGGCAAAGGUACUGGCGCGUUGGUUUGGGUAGUCCAACCUCGUGCGCCUGACAGGUUGGCUGCUAUCGGGACCAUAGGCGAGUUGUGGCUCGAGGGACCGAUUGUUGGUGCAGGCUAUCUGAAUAAUCCUGAGAAGACAGCCAGUGCAUUUGUCGAGGACUCCAAAUGGCUAUUGAAUGGAAUUCCUGGACGAGUACCAGGUCGCCGUGGGCGACUCUACAGGACGGGUGACUUGGUCUACUAUAACCCAGAUGGCUCUCUCCAAUUUGUUGGGCGAAACGAUACUCAGAUCAAGAUCAACGGCCAACGAAUGGAGUUGGGAGAGGUCGAAUACCACGUUCGUCAAAUACUUCCUACCAAGGCGGUCCCACAGAUCGUGGUAGACGUAAUCACCCCGGACGCUACUCGGACCCAGACUCUGGCGGUGUUCUUGGUCAUGUCCGACGACGACUGUGACAGAGUUGAGGUAACUGUGCCGAUGAUAGCAAACAUUCGAAAGGAGCUGUCGAAAUUGCUCCCCUCGUACAUGGUUCCCGGCGUAUACAUCCCUAUUCCCCUUGCAAAGCUGCCGAUGACAGCAACAGGGAAGACGGAUAGAAAAGGUGUUCGCGAACUUGGCAGAACCUAUAGCCCACCAGUGCCUUCAUCUGCAGACACGCCGACUUCUGCUGAUACACUAACCAAUACGGAAGAAGCCUUGAGGAGUAUCUGGGCUGACCUACUUAAUAUCAAGCCUGAUCUUAUCGCUGCAGGUCAUAGCUUCUCUGAGGUUGGGGGCGAUUCAAUCAAGACCAUGUCACUGGCUAUGGUAAUACGGAAGCAAUUCGACAUCAACAUUGGGGUACCACGGUUGGUCAGACAGCAGAAUAGCUUGCGUGAACUGGCCACCCUGAUCGACAACCUGUUGCACGGCCAGUCGGUUGAGGAGCCGACGCAGCCGACACCGACUGACCUGGAGCGUGAGAUAGACUUACUGGUGGACAAGAUCGACUUUGACCGUACCGCUAUUGGGCCAACGGUCUUCCUCACUGGAUCAACCGGGUUCCUAGGAACUCAAAUUCUUCAUUACACACUCACAAAGCGGGUAUUCAACAGGGUCGUGCUACUUGUACGUGGUCUUGGCGAACAGAAGGGGCUAGACCGGGUGAUCAAGACGGCCAAGAUCGCUGGGUGGUGGAAGGAAUCGUUUGCUUCCGCAAUUGAAGUCUGGGAUGGAGAUCUCUCGGCUGAAAGACUGGGCCUGAACGAUUCACAAUGGAGCGCGUUGUGCGGCCGUCCAAGUGCACAUGGUACUAUCGAUGCGAUUAUCCACAACGGUGCCAGGGUGCAUUGGACUACGAGCUACGAGGGGUUGAAAGACGUGAACGUUGGUUCUACGAUACAACUUCUGAAAGCCGCAAUGGCCUCUUCUUUCCUGAAGAGUUUUGUUUACGUCUCGGGUGGUCUCAUCACGGAUAGCCGAACCUGGACCGAGGAAGAGGCCAGGAUAGCCAACGGAUACGAUCAAACGAAGUAUGUGUCGGAAAGACUGGUGAGUACCGCUGCUACACAGUUUGGCAAACAAGGCACGAUAUUCUCGGUCGUCAAACCGGGGCAGAUUAUUGGGGACGUGUACACAGGUGUAGCCAAUGCCGACGAUUUCUUGUGGAGGGUCGUGAUGGGCGCGGUCCGGCUUGGAGCCCGCCCAGUCGACUCAGAGACAUCGUGGCUCUCGGUGUCGGAUGUUCGUCACGUCACAGAGUCCAUUCUAUGGCAGGCAGCAGGGAAGGGUUACGAGGAUUUCGUCCACAUCAAGAGGGGAGUAUGGGUCAGUGCCUUCUGGGCUGCCGUCGAGGACCAAAUCCAGCUGCAACUCCGACCGGUCUCGUGGGCCGAGUGGAUUAAGCUUGCCCACGAGGACAUGGCUAGGGAGCAAGAACAGCAUCCGCUAUGGCCGGUGCAGCAGUUUCUAGGCGCUCUCGGCACUGAGAUUGAAGUCACUGAUCAUGAAAAUGAUGAAUCGGACAUGCGAGAGGUGCUUGCUGCCGCGCGACAGAACAUUGAGUACCUUCGAGGCAAGGGUUUCUUGGAAACCACCGGCAGACAGACGAUGAAUGGAAAGGUAAUAACGAGGACCCGGGAUGUACCUAUGAUGAGUGUGAAAACUGUUAGCGCCUGA